AUGGCAAUGGCACAUCCACAAGUUUUCUUGUUUGCAUGUGCCAUUGCUCUUCUUGCUUCUUCAUCAAUGUUUUCUGCUGAAGUUAUUGAGCAUUCUUUUCAUGUACAAAACCAUACUAUAAGCAGGUUAUGUGGUAGACAAGUUAUAAGUGCAGUAAAUGGCAGUCUGCCUGGUCCAACUCUAAAUGUACGAGAGGGUGAUACCCUUGUUGUUCAUGUCUUCAAUAAAUUACCAUACGAUCUAUCUAUUCAUUGGCACGGUGUUUUUCAACUAUUGAGUGGAUGGGCGGAUGGACCAGAAUUUGCGACCCAAUGUGCGAUCCGACCCGGAAAUAGCUACACAUAUAGGUUUAACCUAACGGGGCAGGAAGGAACCCUAUGGUGGCACGCCCACGUAUCAUGGCUACGAGCCACAGUUCAUGGUGCCCUCAUUAUCCGCCCUAAACGUGGUCGCUCUUAUCCUUUCCCUAAGCCUUAUAGAGAAGUUCCUAUCCUCUUAGGAGAAUGGUGGAAUGCCAAUGUUGUUGAUGUGGAGAAUGAAGGGCUAACUAGUGGUGCUGCACCUAAUAACUCAAAUGCAUAUACAAUUAAUGGCCAGCCAGGAGAUCUUUACCCUUGCUCUUCUAAUAAAACAUACAAGCUAAUAGUGAAACAAGGAAAAACUUAUCUCCUUCGCAUAAUCAACGCUGCACUCAAUAACCAAUUAUUUUUGAAGAUAGCAAAUCAUAAUAUGAAAGUUGUCGCGGUAGAUGCUGCCUACACCAACCCAUACAUCACUGAUGUAGUUGUUGUGGCUCCGGGUCAGACAACUGACGUCCUCCUGACCGCCAAUCAAGCGCCUGCAUCGUACUAUAUGGCUGCAAAUCCCUAUGUUAGCGUGGCCGGGGUACCAUUUGACAACACUACCACCACCGGAAUCAUAGUCUACGAAGGUGCAAAACCAUCAACUCCAAAAAUGCCAAUCCUACAAGCCUUCAAUGACACACCAACAGCUCACAAAUUCUUCACCAAUUUGACUGGGCUUGUAACUGGGCCAUUUUGGGUUCCUCCACCUAGACAAGUGGAUGAGCACAUGUUUAUUACUAUUGGGUUGGGCCUAAUUACUUGUGGAAAAACAGGAAAUAAUGCAACAUGUGGGGGCCCAAAUGGACAAAGAUUUGGUGCAAGUAUGAACAAUGCAUCAUUCCAAUUACCAACCAAGAUGUCAAUGUUAGAGGCAUUUUUCAAUAAUGUUAAAGGGAUUUACACUACUGAUUUUCCAAACCAACCACCAUUGAUAUUUGACUAUACAAAUCCUAAUAAUAGCUUUAAUCCUUCAAUUAUAAUGACUACAAAGUCUACAAAGGUGAAGAAACUCAAGUACAAUGCAACUGUUGAAAUUGUGAUGCAAAAUACUGCUUUGAUUGGGGUAGAAAAUCAUCCAAUUCAUUUGCACGGAUUUAAUUUCCAUGUUUUGGCUCAAGGCUUUGGCAAUUAUAACCCUACUAUUGAUAAAAAGAAAUUUAACCUUUUUAAUCCACAAGAGCGUAACACCAUAGCUGUUCCGGUUGGUGGAUGGGCUGUUGUUAGAUUCCGAGCUAACAAUCCGGGUGUAUGGUUGAUGCAUUGUCAUUUGGAUGUGCAUUUGCCUUGGGGAUUAGCAACAGCUUUUGUUGUAGAGAAUGGGCUAACACCAUCAACUAAGCUACCUCCACCACCACAAGAUCUUCCAAAAUGCUAG